AUGGCUUACGAUGGCUACCGUUCGACCCCUAACCCUUACCAGAUGGGCAAUAUGGCCUCCGAUCAGGAUCCUUACGGCCCACCGCAUCCUCCAUAUCCCUCUCGCCACGAACACGACUACCUGAACAUGCCCCAACCGCAGAUGCCUCCGCUCGCAUCGGCUACCCCAAGCAUGGAGCCGCCAUAUCCAGAACCUCCCCGCCCGGAGAGUACGAACUCGGGCCAUUUGAACGAUGCUGUCAAUUCUGCUGUCCAUAGUAAUGAGUCUUCCGCCUACUUGUCCCCCGACGUCUUGCAGCAAAUCACCGCGACCGUGAUCCAGCAACUCAAAGCUAGUGGCUUGGAGAAUAGCAAUUUGUCUGGGUCUGGGUCUGGUCAGCCUCCUGCUCGAUCGCAGUCACUACAGCCUCCAUACUCUGCGGCCGACUUAGCUCCCCGACCACACUCCGAGUCUCCACCGAUUGCUUCUCAGAGAAGCGGGUCAACGCCGUUCGUCGAUCCGAUGUCGAAGAGCUUUGAUACGCAGCCAUAUGUGCCCCCAUCCGAGUACUCAAAUGAUACUCGCACAAGGUCACAGGAGUCAUUUUCCCGGCGCCGUGAGUCGGUGUCUAGUCAUGGAAGCCAGGCAGCACGCCCCAAGGGUCCGGAGCGUGACACGACGGUGAUGGAGAUGACGACGCUAGAGAGGAUCUGGGGAAAGCUUUUUGAAGACGGAAAGCCUACAAAGAGGCUUGGUCAAUUUUUGCGUGGAAUUGCAAUGCACUUGAUCGAAGAUUACCCACCGGGAAAUACCCUUGUCAUUGUCCCUGAAAAGCUGCAAAAGUUUUAUGCGGACACAAAUGUUUCGCUAGAUAACUAUCCUUGGAAAGACAUAUUUGAUGACCGCACCUCCUCCAUCUCGAGACUGUUCCGCGACGUGAAAGUGGAACACCACCUGGUCCAAUCGGCUGAUCUCCAUGAACGACCUGAUAUCCCAGGACUGACCCCGAAAGGAUUUGAAAAAUGGGCCACCAUGAUGAUUCAAGCCCAUCCGGAUCGGGAAUACGAGCGCUUGCAGAAGGCUGUACUCAACAUGCCGAUCAGCAAUCCCGAUGACAAGAAAGAGCGGUUUCCGAAAGAGAUCCCACGCCGACUCUUCCCUGACACCGCUGAUAUUCAACUAAGAGAGGAGACCGAGGAGUACAUAAUGAAGCACUGUGGAGUUGAUCUGCCUCGCAUCACUGAAAAGGAACGCGAGCUCUCACGACCACCGACUGCAAAGAGAUCCCCCGAGCCAGCCAUUUCAUCCACCGGCCGAGCUCGAUCAUACGAACGAGGACGUCCUCCACCCACAGCCUCUGCCGCAUCAUCCUCGGCUGUAAUUGAUGACGAAGAUGACGAAGUAACACCCUCAGUCUCCAUCGAGCGAGAAAGAAAGCCCUACAGCGCCCACCCAGGAGGCGGAAAGCAAUACAAAGAGUCCGGCCCAGGCCACUCUCGCACUGGCAGCUCAACAGGCUCCUUCUCCACAUCCAGACCAGCAGAUAUCACAGGCACAGCCUCGACGCCCUCACAGCACCGACCAGCGGAGAAGUUUGACCGCGAAUCCCGCUACGGCCGAACUGGCUCCGGCCCGGCUUCUCGACGAUUCUCGCGAACAUCCCGCAGCUCGUCUCGCGGGAUGAACACACGUUCCGGCGACUAUCGACACUCGGAAAGCGACCUGCACAGCAGCCGCGACAACGCUCCCCGAUACGAGGGCAUAUCUGCCGCGGAUUUAUACAUGGAUUCUCCAACUUCUAUCCUGCCUGAUGGGGAUGAUAGCCGUCGGUUCAAAGAUCAUCGCAGCAGUCGCAGCGGUGAUGACUAUUAUCGCGGUAUGCUUGGUGGACACGGUGGUGGGCCCAAGUACUACCACUGA